CGCACGAACGACACUAGAGGUGGUCGAUAACGUGGAAAAGAAGAGGAGAGAGGUAGAGAGCUUCAUUGUGGAGAAAAGAGGUGGAGGGGGUAAGAGACGCAAGACAAAGGAGGACGAAAAGGAAUGCCUAGCCCCAAAAGGAGUUUGGAGUUUUGCGGUGACACGAGUUGUCCGCCUGUCCAGCUGCACGCCUUUGUCGAACGGCCGUUCCUCGCCGCCUAAAUUAACCUUUUUAUUUUGGUGCAGGUUCGUAGAACGUCGAAUUCGAUAUUGUUGA